GAAGCUCUCUCCCUUUUACCUCGCCAUGUCGUGGCUGGACCCACACGCGAAACGUCGCGCAACGGAGUCAAAUUUUGACUCGACGUCUGAUUCCUCCCCCUCCCCCACCUCCACCCAUGGCCCUGAUAGCCCGACUGAGCCAGUGCCCUCACCACCUCAGCCUGCACCAGCCCAGCCCGAGCCCUCGUCACCUCAGCCCUGUGCCGCACAAGCACUGCCGGUGCCCUUGCCGUUGGCCUCGCCUUCACCCUCACCUCGGUCAUCGCUUCUGCCCAGGGCCUCACCAUCAACCCGACCUUCUACUGCACGGGGUGGCAAGCGGAAGUUGGAUGACGUGGACAUUAUGAAGAGGCUGGAGCUGUUGGACCAGCGUUGGGAGGAGCUGGAGAAGCAGCGUUCGGCCCUAAACGACUGCACAGCAUUUGGGAUGCUGGUAGUGGACAUGGUGGGCCGAAUACCACAGGCUGAAAGGUCCAGCUCCUUUGUGCAGGUCAUCAAUCUGCUUCAGGGGAUCCUGGACAAACCAACAGCAGCACCCAAAGACAGAGAGUGA